CAAGCUCUAAACGUUUCAAAUUUCCAAAUAGAAAAAAGGCAAGAGAGAGCCCUAAUACCAGCAGAUCCAUCUGUGCAAGAGGUCCCCGUUCAUCUCUCUCGCUUCCAACACCGGCCUUUGCUCUUGCUUCUUCAAACCCUAGCUAGCUCGCUAGCGUUCUCUUCCCUUCCAACUCCACAAUGAAGCUCGUCAGGUUUUUGAUGAAGCUGAACAAUGAGACCGUCUCAAUUGAACUGAAGAACGGAACUGUUGUUCACGGCACCAUCACAGGUGUUGAUAUCAGUAUGAACACUCAUCUGAAAACAGUGAAAUUAACAGUGAAAGGGAAAAAUCCAGUAACUUUGGAUCAUCUCAGUGUGAGGGGCAACAACAUUCGUUAUUACAUCCUUCCUGACAGCUUGAAUCUUGAGACUUUGUUGAUCGAGGAGACACCUAAGGUCAAACCUAAGAAGCCAACAGCUGGGAGGCCUCUGGGUCGUGGUAGAGGCCGAGGCCGUGGACGUGGCCGUGGCCGUGGCCGCUAAUCAUAUCUUGCUUGCUUAAAUUUUUGCAGCGUCUGGUUAUGUAAACACGAAUCUGCUGGUAAAGUUAGGAACAGUAAGAGAAUGUUACUGCAUUAUUUUGCUGUUUGCCUUGUGAAGGCAAAUUGCAGGACACGAGUUUGUCUGUGGGUUAAUCCUUUUCAAAUUCAACCAGAAGAUCAAAAGUGAUGAGCUUAUGUCAUGUUACUCUUCUGUAUCCUCUUUCAUUAAUCAUGCUGGAAUGCUAUCAUUCAUGGAA